UUGAAGGAGUAUCCGGUUUUUCAAUUGCUGUUGAAAAACUAUGGCUGCACAAAAACUUGCUAGAUCCUGAAUACUUCAUUAGAGCGGAGUAGAGAGCUUACGUGUCAUUAUGGACAAUGGGCAUCUAAUAAACGCACACGCCGACCUGACGACUUUUCACUGAAAUCCUCAAACCGAGAAUGACCCCUUCUGUACAUGGAGGAAUAGCAAAGUUGGAGGGGUAGCGUUUGUUUCUGAAACCGUUAUAUCUCUGAAAGAAGCCUGCUGUUUCAACAAGAGAUCGAUUAUAAAAUCUAUAUUUCAUGUUCCCGUACUUGUCCAGGAGAGUAUAAAUAUAUAUGUUAUUGCUAUCCAUUCAUUCUAUCACAUUGAUAUCUUGUUGCUGGACCGCCUAUAUAAACUGGACAAGGCAAAAGCGGUCGGUAUUAGCUAGAUUACUUGAUUUUCAUAUAAUUUUAGCGACUUGUGCAGGAGCGAAACACAACAGGGGCUUUAUGCGGCGUGAGCCUGUCGCUGCAUGUCGCUACUGUUAAUCCUCUCACAGCGUCAGCCCAUUCGUUGAGGUGUCACGCGCUGGAAGGAGCGUGGACUAGGGGAGGUAAUUCCGUUUCCACGCCAAAUCCCACCUAUGUAUUCUUACGCGAAGCUGAUGUGUCUUUUCCGGAAUGCGGAAUAAUGCGCGCUACAAUAUAGUCAUGUGAGUGUUUCAUUUCUACGAUUUGCACAGUUGUUCAGUGUAACUUUUCGGCAAACCAGCAUUAUUCAACAGUUACAGAAGGUGGGAAUCACUGUGAAAUAGCCGUGCUUCAUGACCAAGUACAAAAUAAAUAAUUUAUUCAAUGAACCCAAGAUGGCGGUGCUGUGAAACAGAAGCUUUCGGCGACAUCAGCAAUUUUUUUGGAGAACAACCGUCAUGAAACGACAACAAGAUCGUGAUGCUUCUCCAAGAAGCAAAAGAUCACGUUCUUCAUAUUCAAUACCAGAUCACGACUCCAUGCGCGACAGAUUGAGCCCUGACUUUGAUCGGCGAGAGAGGGGUGGGAAGUUCAACAAAUCGUAUCCUCCACGUCGGGAUGAUUUUGACCGCGGAGAGAUGGAUCACCCACGUAAACACUACAGAAAUGAUCGAAUGAUGGAUCAGGGGUAUGCUCCAAUUCGUGAUCAGUCGAAAUCUCACGAUUACAGGUCCCUGUGUAUAAGUAGUAUUCCAAGCAAAAUCCCUGAUCCAUUGUUGAGGGAUACCCUGCUUCAGGAGUUCAAAAAGUACGGGGAAAUGAACGUGAAAAUUACUGUUUCAGGCGACCAACGAGUGGCAUAUGUUAACUUCCGUUACCCAGAACACGCUCGUGUUGCAAAACAUGCAAAAGCUAAGCUUGUUUUGUUUGAACGUCAAGUAAGAGUGGACCCAGUUUUCAAUAAGCGAACUCGUAGCAACAGCCCAAAUAGUGAAUAUAAUAAUCGUGACAUGUUCUAUGGCCAUGCAGGUCGCAUGGGGUCAGGUGGCUCCCCUCCUCCACCCCACAUGAUGGGAAAUAGACGAGGUGGAGGCAGAGGUGGGGGCGACAGACCCAUGCAGCCAGGGAGAGAAUUUGUUCCAAGAGGGGAUGCUGCUGCCUUUGCUGCUGCUGCUGCUGUUGCCGCUGCUGCUGGUGGACAACCACUUGAUCGUCCACGUGCUCCAAAUGAGAAAUUUCCUCAUCACUUAGAUCAUGUUGAUCCUGAAUUUGAUGAUAAAGCAACAAGAACGUUGUUCGUAGGAAAUCUGGAUGUGAAUAUUACUGAUGGUGAAUUGAGACGGAUAUUUGAAAAGUAUGGGAGUGUGGAAGACAUUGAUAUUAAAAGACCCCAAAGAGGUCAGGGAAAUGCAUAUGCUUUCAUUAAAUUCAUUAAUCUAGAUUGUGCACACAAGUCGAAGGUGGAUAUGUCUGGAAAGUAUAUUGGAAAGUUCCAGUGUAAGAUUGGUUAUGGAAAGGUGACUCCAACAACUUGUUUGUGGGUAGGGGGGCUUGGACCUUGGGUAAGUUAUGAUACACUUGAAAGAGAAUUUGAUAGAUUUGGUGCGAUUCAUAGGAUAGAGUGGCCUCAUGGCAAGAACUAUGCAUAUGUAUUAUAUGAUGGGGUUGAUGCUGCAACUGCAGCUUGUCAGGACAUGCGUGGAUGGCCCAUGGGUGGACACAACAGACGUCUUCGUGUGGAUUUUGCAGACCCCAACACAAUCGCUGCAAAUGUGUCCGAGCAAGACAGCCCAUACUUGGACCAGGGACGAGGUUUUGAAGUUGGAGAAAAGGGUGGUCCAUGGAAAGGCCAAGGUUCUGAUGGUCUAGCUGACCGGAGAUCUCGUCGUGAUGAUUGGCAUGUUUCUGGAGGUGAUCCAAUGAAUGCAUAUCGCAAUCCUGACAAUCCACGUGAUUCUGAACGGAGGAGAGAUGAUUGGGAUCAUUUAAGUGACCACAGUGAGCGUCAGAGACGACCUAGAUCUCCAGGUGAGCUUGGUAUUCAUCGUUCUGGUAGGUCAAGUGGUGAAUCAGGGAAAGAAUGUGAUGAAAGAAUGGGGCGGAAUGGGCGGAGACUUGAAGGUGACAAGGAGCUCAAUAUUUCUGACCACGUUGGUUCAUUGUCUGAUUUAGCUAAGUGUUUACCUGUUGCUUGGAAUGGUGCAUUGAUACUUAAAAGUAGUUCAUUCGCUGCUCGUAUGCAUGUGGUGAGUGGGGAUGUGACAAUAGUAGACAACUUGAUGAGAGACCCAACUACAACAGAAUCCCCUGUUCUCAAAAUUACUCAGCGUCUCCGAUUAGAUCAACCUAAACUGGAUGAUGUAGGUCGUCGCAUUCAGAGCUCUGGGGCACAUGGCCAUUGUAUCCUGUUAGCAUUACCAAGUACUGUACAGAGUUAUGAGGACCCUAGUGGAUCCAUUCAACCAAGACCUCUCAAGAAUCUGGUGACUUACCUGAAGCAGAAGGAAGCUGCUGGUGUGAUCUCUCUCCCUCCCAAUCCAUCCCAGGACAAGAACAAUGUUGGUGUGCUUCAUGCAUUUCCUCCUUGCACAUUUGGGUACAGCUUUCUCCAGAAGCGUGCACCUCAGCUCCCUGCCGAUCCUGCUAAAGAAGACUAUUUGGUGGUAGUGGUUGUCCUUGGAGCUGCGUAGUUGUGCUUGGGAAGACCUUGUGACAGACAUUUUGUCUUUGUUAUAUCGUUUUUAAAAGCUUUAAUUUGAUGUAGCUUCCACCUGAGUUUGUAGGUAAAGUUCUAGGUGAACUUUUCUCUUCCUAUAAUUUGAGUUAUUUGAUUCAGAAAUGUUGUUAUGUCCAUUGACGUUUCCAUGGAAAGCCUGUUCAGUGUCCACUGAAUUAGGCCUGUGCCUCCUUGUGUGAAGCCGAAGUGUAGUUUACAUAUGGCUGCAAAAAUGACAUUAAGCCAUCUGUCUGUAAACAUUCAAAAUGAAGAUGUUAUUUGGGCUCAAAAUGAAAAUGUUUUGCACAGGCCAUAUUUAUGAACAUUGCGAAAACCAGAGGAAAUGCCACUGUAACCAUGGUAACUACGCGAUGACUAUCAUGAGUGUAACAUGGUGUGGAUCGGUCUGAACUGUUUUUACAUCCAACCAUGUGAUUUACUUCUUACACCCAAAUACUUUGAUAAUACCCUUGAUGUUAGUACACUUUCUUCAUUCGUCAUUGUAAGAAAUUCUGCGAGUCAAUCUUGCAAUAAUUGUUUGUUAUGUGCCAUACUACUAUAUGAUACUGAACUUUAUGAUGACUGGGAUACGACUGUCGGGUCCUUCAUGCAGAAACAUCUUGUAUCUCAUGUUUAUGCAAUAGUUAAAGUGAUUGGAUCUACCUGUCAGAACACAACUGUAUGUGGUUCAGUGGUAACAAGUAAGCAGGAAGAAGGGUUUAUUUUUUCUAGAACUUCUGGUAGCCUUUUGCUUGUGUAAAGGAAAUCAUUAGGUCAACAUCAGUUCAUGUUAUAAGACCCUGAGCAAACAUUGUCAUAUAAUUUAUUGUUGGAGGGCAAUUGUCUAAUUUUUGAGACUUGUCCAUGUCCUGACUUCCAUUAUACAUAUUUUUUCUAUGUGUUAGGGAUGUUUUUAUCAAACUGAUGAAGCUGAAAGAAUACUAUUGUUUUGUGGUGCGAGCUCAUUGAUAUUUUCCAUCAACAACCAUCCAGUGGGCAAUACAGGCAAGUUUUACAUUUAGAGAUGAUAAUGAAGUAACUGACAACUUUCUGAGGUCACAAUCAUGAUUGGGUGAUGUUGAUAACGAAAACUUAACUUUUGAGUUUCUUGAUGUUUUGACAUGAUCCCUUAGUUAAAAACGGGUCAUAAAAAGUUCUAUUGUCGCCAUGGUUGCAUUGUAAACAUACUGCAUGUUACUAGUUGAUUGUUUUCUGAUAAUCUGACUUUUAUGUUUGAGACUUGAGACAAGGAUUCUUGUUAUGCACUGUUUAUACGAUUGUACAAAGCAGAUGUCCUGGGCAGUCGGCCAGGCAGGUGGACAUUCUACUGACCGUAGCUUUCAUUCAAUUGUAGAUACUAGUACUGUUACCACUGCUAGUACUAACUCCACUGCUAAUACUGAUUUGGUAUGCAACCCUGUAUUUGUAUCUUUAUAAACAUUUUGUUUUAGUUUUUACAAUGAUGCUGAGUAGUGGAAGAUAUCCAUUUUAGUACUGAAAAGAAUGAAUUUAUUUGUGUCACAGUUUGUAAUUGUUUUAGAAAUGUUCUGUAUGCUUUCUUAUAUUAAUGCCUAAACAGCAUCAGCAGCGUGUCUCCAUUGUCUGUCACAUCUUCCCUUCCUGGUGCUGCAGCUCCGUCAACAUACAGUUCAUCCUAUGAAACAACGUCCAGCCCUGUUUAACCUGUUGAGGUCAUGUAAAGUCACAGUUUCGAAGGAGAUUGAAGGAGGAUUCUUAAUACCGAAGACAUGAAUAAAUGGGAAUUGAUUCGAAAAUAUGGAUGUGUGAAAACUGUGCCAAAUUUUAGUGUUGGAAAAAGGAAAGCUUCUAUCAUCCACAUGUUCCUUAUGAUGUGGUUAUCUGCUACAACCACAGUGGGAAACUGUGAACAAUGUGCUCCAUACACUUUCCAUUCCAAGCAGUGAGAGCCAGUCGAAGAAAUGUUCAUGGGAAGUGCCACGUGAAUCUGGUGAAUAGUAGUUUGUUGUUACAGUGUUACAAGGGUCGUUGUGUAGUUCCACACAGAACAGUUUUCAACCAUGACAACGUUUAGAUUUUCUUAACGGAAGCAAGUUUCUUUUCCAACAGAAAGUAUGCACGAUUAGGAAGUUCAACACAAUGAACUCACUUUUGUGAAAAUCUGAAAGAUGUGUUUUGGAAAUUCAUUGGUUUGGGGGAAAAUGAGCUGAUUCACUGUUGUGUUCAAAAUUUAAUACAAGAUGUUGUCAAAGUUGGAAAUUAGAAUGCUGGAAACUGUUCCCGGAGAGUGUAGGAUGUGUUGCCAGUGAUGAGCCUAGCUGUGGCCUUCCCAGUCAAGGCUUAUGUCGGUUUAGGGCUAACCCUUACUCCGCUUGUAGUUGGAAGAGGCGCUUUCCCAGAUGAUGGCAAGAUUAUAUGUGUUGUGUAAUACGUGCAUGGCAUACUCAUUAAUAUAAUAGCCUGUGUUUUUGUGGUAUUUCUUUAUCCGGAAGGAGCCUUGUUGGAUCAAGAAAUUGAAUUAAUUAUAUUUUGUGGACCAGUGCUUCAGUAUUGUGACAGAUGGUUUUACUUGUUGCUUCCCAAGUGAUGUGUACUCAUUCUUUUAGGUAUGUGAAAUAAACGUACAUGUGUGAAAUGAAUGUGAUUUUGAUUGUUUGAUGAAAUCGUUCCGUGGUUGAGGAAGGCAAUUGCUGUACACCAGUGAAAAUGUGAAAAGUUUUAUUUCAAGGAAUUCUCAGUUGCUGCUUAGUGACAAAGGUGAUUCCUCACCCAUAGAAGUCGACAAGACAGUUAUGUAACUCUUCAAAACCUUCUUGACUCCAUCAAAAUUCCAUCAUUUGGCGUCCAUUCUUGUAGUGUGAAGUACAGCUACAGAGGAAUUGUCCUCUCAAAAUUGAAGAUCAACAUUAUCCAUAUGUUGUUCAAGUUUCGGUGCCCCUCGCAGUAGAACCAGCCAGUGAAUGUGGUGAAAGCAGCCAGUGAAUGAGAUGAAACCUGUCUCAGGGUGGGUGUGCGCUGGUAGCCAUGUUCGUCGAUCCCAAUAACAGGGAAACAUGGUGGUGCCCAGAUGUGCUAGAAACCGUAACCACAACAAGUUUCAGGGAAACCUGGCCCAAGCCUUUCAUCCUGUUGUCCUUGAAAUCUUAGUGUGUCCUCAUAGAAAAGCCACAGUGUUUGUUUUAUGUCAGUGGAAAGGAAAAUGUCCACAACCACCCAGAGCUUUUUGCUGGUGUUUUGUGUUUGAAGGCAUGCUGAUGCAGUCCAGUUUCAGCACUUCGUUCAUGGGUUGUAUGUGUCUCAACUGUGGUUCCAGCUGGCCUUUUCCAGGAACCAAGUCCAAGCCCAUGCCUCUUUGCAAGACUCCCAUUUACAGAGUUGCAAAUGAUGUCUAUUUUGUUGUUCUGACCAUAGGAACAGGCCAAAGUGACCCCUGCAAGCAAGCUUUGAUGUGCUUGUAAUUCUAUGGAGUGGCCGUCUGCCAGCUGGUCCCAGCAGUGGGGCUGUUUCUACGUGGACCUCGAUGUGCCAAAGUCAGUGAGGCAGCCGUGUGUUUACUACAAAUAUUUUUAUGGCUGUGAAUUUUUUUUCACAGACGUUCCAACAUUUUAAGUAUAUAUUCUUCCUAUUGAAGAUGAUGUUAAGUUUUCAGAAUAAAAUAUAUUUUGUUAUAAGA